AUGCCCAGUGGGGAAGCCAGUCCCAAGAUGGCAGCUUCCUUGGGAGGGAUGUUUGGGGCUCAGCAGCCGGGACCCCCUCCGCCGCCUCCGCCUCCAGGACCCCCCGGGAGCUCGGGACAAGUUGCGUUGCUCCAAACGGCGGCCGGCGGUCCGAGGAACUCUAAUAGUACUUUAGUGGACGAGUUGGAAGCGUCUUUCGAGGCUUGUUUUGCGUCCCUGGUGAGUCAGGACUAUGUCAAUGGCACUGAUCAGGAGGAAAUCCGAACUGGUGUGGAUCAGUGUAUUCAGAAGUUUCUGGAUGUUGCAAGACAAACAGAGUGCUUUUUCCUUCAGAAAAGAUUACAACUGUCUGUCCAGAAACCAGAGCAAGUUAUCAAAGAGGAUGUCUCAGAGUUAAGAAAUGAAUUACAGAGAAAAGAAGCCCUGGUCCAGAAGCAUUUAGCAAAGCUCAGGCACUGGCAACAGGUACUAGAAGAGAUCAACAUGCAACAUAAAAAGCCUGCAGACAUACCUCAAGGACCUUUGGCAUACCUUGAACAGGCAUCAGCUAACAUUCCUGCACCCAUGAAGCAAACAUGACUCUUUGUUGUCUCCAUUACAAAAGGGUUAAACUAAGAAUUUUCUUAUUUGUAAUUUUAAUGGAAUUUGCAAAAUAUUGAUGUACAAAGUAUUUUGUUUAAAAAAAAUUCAACUUUCCCAAAUAUUCUUUUCUUUUUCUAUGUAGAGUUUCUUAAAAUGUAUUUCUAUAAAUUGUCUAAAAGACAUAUUGUUUUUAUAAACUAAAAUUAGUACUGUCUUCAAAGCUUAGUCAGUUGCUUUGUUAUCACUUAGAUGCCUUUUGGUUUUGUCUUAGGGAAAGUGGGUUAUUUGGGCAAAGGUUACUGCCAUUAACACUUAUGGAUAAUUAAAUUGACCAUUUGGAAUUUGUUUUCUGAAGAAAUUUCUAAAAUAUCCCAACUAAAACAUUUUUAUUUGAGAAAAUCCAGAGCCCUCUGUGUUUUAGUUGGAUGUGAGACAUAUACUAGCUUCCCAGAUUUAUUACAGCACAUUUUUGGCCUUCAGUUCACAUAACCAACUUAACCUCUUUCCAUGGACUGCCAUUUAUUCGAUAAUAUAUAUUUGAGUGUAGUCUGAGGGGAAGAAAGCUAUUCUGGGAAGCAGAUCUAGAUCAGAUCUAGAUCUGAUUCCCUUACUACUAAGAGGGCUCACUAUGGCAGAAGGCAGGUGUGCCUAAAUUCAGAGCGGUACAGUAAAUGUGUCCGUGCCUGUCUCAGAGAGAUUUGAUGAUUGUAAAUACUUUGGGGCUCUUUGAAAAGAAGAUCCUGUGGAAACGUGUUUUUACUAAGAACAAAUAAAAAGACCAUGAAAUCCCAGGGUUAUUGUGACUAGAGAGUAUUAACACAGUGAUUGAUAGUGAUUGAUCCUUAAGUAAUAGGAUAGGUUAAAAUUAGGAUACUGGGCAAUGAAUCGUCAGCCUUUACUGGCAGGGCUUCAGGGGCUGUAGCCAAAAGGAAGGGCAUGUUUACCUUUUCUGCAGGGCAAAACAAAAGCAUGGGUAUCACGUCUCUAAGAGAAGAAAUAAAGCAGACUGUCUUACCAGUGCCCAUUCUACAUAAUGAAAAAAGAAAGAAAAUAAAAGAAAAACCUUUUUCUGUAAAUAACAUGUCAGAAUUCUGUAUGGUGACCAAUAGCUGCAUUUUUAAAAAUCUCUCCUGGAUCUCUGUGUUUUAGCUUAUAGAACACAUUUUUUUCUUUUAGGCAUAAGUAUACAAAAGCAUUUUCUGCUAAAGUGAAAAUCUAAUCGUGCGCCACUUUCCCAAUGAUCACCUUAUCCAUUCCCAGCCUCUGCCUUGAAUAGUGACAUCAGCUUUCUGCUGAAAAACACAUAAUAGAACCAUUUUGACUUAUCAGUUGUUGGCUUUAUUCAGAGCAAAGACUUGAAAACUGGCAGUACAGGAAGAUUCAUUAUCUCAGCAGGUAACACAGUACAUAGAGUAAACGACAUCUACUGGAAUUAGAGUUUCACGGAGCACCAUUUAGGCCAGCACCAAAGGGCUGAGGUUAUUUUGUGUCAUAAGAGUUGUAUUGGGUCCUGUCAAAUCCCAUAGCUCUGCCAGGUGCAAAGUGAAUUUAAUGAAUAAACGAAGAGUUUGUAAAAACUAGUACAUCUAAUGCUAUGAAAUAGCCCACUGGUUCAAAUGGGACCACAUUCACCCAGAUCCAUUUACCCUUUGAAACACAGAGCUCCCCUUUAAAUCUACAGAAGUUCCAUGCAGUGAGGCCACAAUGAGAUAAAUGGAUCUAAAGCCACUAUGCCUAUCAAUAAGCUUCCUGUCAAUGAAAAUUCCUUUUAUCCCUUUUGCUACUGAUGACAUGCCACAGUAAAUAUGUUAUCUUACAGAAAAAUCAUUUCUAGUCAAGUCACUCUUCUAAAAGUCAAAUACUUGCUUCUAGACCAGCAAAACCACAUAUAAAGCCAACUACACAAUUCACAAAGACUGGCAUUCUGUAAAGGUUGGUGAACACCAAAAAUGUGACAAUAAAACCCAUAUGGAAAGUUUCACUAUGAGUGCUUUCUGGUUAACACUGAAUAAAUAA